GGGGAGGGAGCCGCACAAGAGCACGUCCAGGGAAAGGCCUUAUCUCGAAAGCACAAGGUGGCAGCAGGAAGAGGGGGAAGGAACUGAGUCAGGACGUCCAGAGGCGAGGCCUGCCUUGGUCAUCCGGUGGACACAGCGCAGGAAACCAGAGGUGGCUGCAGACGUGAAGCUCCUGUCCUGGGGGAAACCUGCUCCAACAUUCCCUGGACCUGAGACAUAUUCCAUCUUCAUUUUGGUUUGCAGAAUAGCCAUCAUGGGAAAGUUCUUGGUGACCGUCUGGACAGCAAUUCUAUUGAUCUUACUCCAGACUGAUGUUUCCCUUUCUGAAACGAAGCCCAAACCCAGUGGUAGCAGCUGGAAUGGAGGAAGCCAACUUCACCCUGGCUAUCCACCACAUUCUGGCUCUGUCCAAUUCAACGGUGGCUACCUCUCGCACCAUCCCAGUUACCCACAAUACCCUAAUGAUGGAGAAGGUGACAACUUGGACGAGUAUGAAGACAGGCCAGGGAGGUCUAGGCUGCUCAAUCUCAACAUGAUGGAACUGGCAGAAGAAGGUCUUGCAGGUGAUGCUGCGGUAAACGAUUAUGACGACUACUCAACCACCACUGUGCCCAACUUGCCUUUUUAUCCUCAUUUUCCCAACUGCGAUGAGGAACGGUGGUGGAGUGGAAACCGGCAACGUUUUACUGACCACACUUAUGAGCCGAUCGACAGCGACCCUGUUCCGUUCGUCGACUUUGUGAGAGAUUGUGUGAACGCCACAAUGCGAGGGCACAUCAAGCCCAAAGGGAAUCAAAUGGUCGAUGAGAUGGAGACCCGGGUCGGGUCCCGAAUGGUACAUGAAAUUUGCACAGAGAGGUACAGACUGUACUCCCGCCCUGAAGGAGGAGAGGCUAGAACAACCGAUGAAGUGGAAAGCCAAGUGUUAGAUGAUUUGUGCACGGGGGCAGGCGUUACUGUACUUUUAGACAACCUUUCCAUGCUUUGUAUCAUCACAUUCUUCCUAUUUUUCCUGAUACCGUAAGGUUGCACUCUUUAAUUCUCCAGUCUGUUUUUGAUCUAGUGCAGCCUUUCCCAACCAGAUGCCCUCCAGAUAUUUUGAAUUACCAUUCUCUGCUUUCCUGACUAUUGGUUAUACUGGGGCUGAUGGGGUUGAAGACCAACACUUUUGCAAGGCACAACUUUGAAGGUGGUUGAUCUAGCCAAUGUCCAGAAGAAAUGAGAUCUAUAUAAAACAAUAGGAGGCAUGUGGUUGUGCAUGUGUGUGUGUGUUUGAAGAAUAAGUUCUUGCUUCUGUAUCUCUUUGGUGGAAAGUCUUUUAGGAGCCGUUAGGAUCUGCUAAAUAUUUAUAAACAUACAGGCUUCUGCCAAGCAACAUUUACUUCUUUUACACCCCAAAGGUCAAAUUCCAUUUUGGAGAAAGCUCUCAGGGUCUGCAUUCCAGUGAUGGGCAUGGCCAAAGCAAAGGGGGUGGGGCCCAACAUACCAAUAAUAUCAGAAUAUUUUAGCGGAGGGGUUCCCAACCUUUUUGGACUGGUGGCCACAUUUGGGAAUUUAAGAAACUGCUGCGGGCACCACCACAAAGUAGUUAAUCAUUCCUUUGGCAUCUACCUAUUACAUCUAGGGAUCUUAGGCUGUGCCUUAUUUAGCCAAAACUUUUGUUUCAUCUCUAUUGGACACAGCAAUGUCUCUUUCGUAAGAGAUCAUCUGAUGUGGCUAAUUGCUGGCGGUGCAACAAAUCUAAUGCUUCUUUAAACAUAAGUUUUGGCAACGUCCAGUAAUUGCUUCUUUUUUGGGUUAGGGGGUGUUAUUACAAAGAUAAUUGUUGUACUAGAACAGUCUUUAAUAUUCACUGAUUUACAUGCUAUGCUCUUUUCAGUGAUUUACCUGCUGCAUAGCAAUUAACAACUGGUCAAUGUAAAUGGAUUCUCUGCACCCUUUUGACAGUUAAAAGACUGAUAUUUCAACACCGGAAGGAUAAGCCCUGACCUCCUAUAAUGUAACGGAUUGAGGACCUUACAACACUUUCAAUAUUUGAAGGGGUGGAAUAUAGAUGCCACCUUCAAAUGGAUGCUUAUUUGGAUAUUUGAUCUGCUUUUGUUUGAUGUAAUAAUGUACAAUGCUAGAA